GUCUUGCCUGAUGGCAUCCCUGUUCCUCAUGAUGGAUGUGAAAGUGAGAUAGCAAAACAUUCGUAUUGGAAAACGCGAGAAACGUCGUACGUACACUCACUUUUGACUUUUUCACCUCCUAGAAGGAAAUCAGUGGUUUUCGGAAGUGUGAGCUGGCAACUAUAUUGGUUGAUGAGAGAAGAUUGGCAGUCGAACCAUACCACAUACAGAACUCAGCGUUCAUCUCUAAUCUAGUAUAGUUGAAAUAUUGAUCGUUGUUAAACAGCUGUGCAUUGAUUGAAGGAAAGGAUCGCCUCGAGUGGCGCUAGCGUUUUAUAUGACUUUAGAAAGAAUCCAAGAAACACCAGCACUAAAAGGAGCACCGCUUUCUCCCUUCUUACGGAGUUUAGGUGAUACAUUGUGCAUGAUUUCUCGACAGCGUAGCAUAAGUCACAGGACUUCAAAGUAUUCCAGCAAUAGACAUCGGAAAUUGCAACCGUUUAGAGAAACGUGAACAACCCGUUGCAUUUACCGAAAAAGUUUGUCUAAAAAUUCAGCAUCCAAAACGAUAUCCGUCUACGUUAGCAUUUCAGCAAGAGGUGAUUAUAUUGAUACAUACUGAUUCGACUGUUACAACAAAAACCAGUAGUAGCUACAACCAUUAUUGAAACCCAACUCAAUCAAAUUGCUUGUGGAUUAGACAGCUGCCUAAUAGCGCCACGUUGCGCUAAAAAGAGCAGUACGUGUAUGUUUGUAACACAGUAUACAGCAUUAAAACCUGCGAACUGCGUGGUUAGCUUCCCCAGAACUGUCGCUCACUUUUAAGUUUUCUAUUCGAUAAUUUCGCUAAUUCAGCACCUUCUCUCGUUUCAUUUGUUUAUGUUUUUGAAAUAUUAGUUUAUCUUUUAAUAUCAGCAUUUCACAUUUUGUUUUUUAUUUUGGUUUCGUUCCCGUUUCCCACCCUUGUAUGCAGAUUCCAGACAUCGCUGCAGUGUGACCAUUAAAAUUGUUCCAAAUCCUUCCUCGGAAUUACACCCAUACUACUCCUACUAAAAAGAGGAGCGCUCAAAUCACAGUAGAUUGUGCGAGUGCAAACUUAUCGUCAUUGCGCGUCGGCGAAAGACACGAAUCCAUAACCAAUAUACAAAUGCUUUUGAUAUCAUCCGCGAUACCACAACAAAACGAAGACGGAGUUUUAAUUACCAGCAAUAUCGGCAUCGAAAACCACAACAAUUGCGACCAUAAACAAGGACAGUGCGUUCAUUGGGAACACACGCAGAACCUUCCACACCAACAGCAGCAGAUGAAUUUAGCUUACAGUUAAGAUCACUAGACGGUGAACAGACCGACAGACAGACGGACCGUGAUUUAGCAGGAAGCAGAAUAUACGGGUGCUUGAGACUUCGAGGAGGAAUCAAUCCGCGCACGCUUCAUAAGUUGUUAAAACGGCAAUUAAUCUAAACAGAAGAAGGCGCUCUUAUUAGAUUCAAUUCAUCUGUGUGGCUCGAGAAGCAAUAACAGCAUCAUCAUGGGUACCGUCAACGUGAAUCGCAAUGUUACCGACGUGUUUUACCGUUACAAGAUGCCAAGAAUCAACGCUAAAGUGGAAGGAAAGGGAAACGGCAUUAAAACAGUCAUUGUCAACAUGGCAGAAGUUGCUCGUGCUAUCGGACGUCCAGCGACGUAUCCGACCAAGUAUUUUGGUUGUGAAUUGGGAGCUCAAACACAAUUCGAUUAUAAGAAUGAACGCUUUAUCGUCAAUGGUUCUCACGAUGCGAAUAAACUGCAGGACCUGUUAGACGGAUUCAUCCGAAAGUUUGUGCUGUGUCCAGAGUGUGAUAAUCCCGAAACCGAAUUGCUUGUGUCAUCCAAGAAAGGUACCAUCUCGCAAGGAUGUAAAGCGUGUGGAUUCCACGGUCCUCUCGAGGUCAACCAUAAGGUAAACACUUUCAUUAUCAAGAACCCCCCGAAUGUCAACCCAGCCAGUCAAGGAGCUUCACUGACUGAAGGAAAACGUAGAACACGCUCAAAGAAGGCCGGCGAAAAUGGCGAUGAUUCAACUGCCAAUAAUAGUACGGUAAACGAAGCGGAUACUACGGGUACAGCAGAUGAGACAAUCGAUUCACAGGUCGGAGAAGGUGAUGGCGACGAUGACGUCAAUUGGACGGUGGACACUUCGGAAGAGGCAGUUCGGGCUCGUAUGCAAGAUCUUACCGAUGGAGCAAAAAAUAUUACAGUUUCCGAUGACUUUGACAAGACCGAGAAGGAACGUUUGGACAUUUUCUACGAGCUGGUCAAGAAAAAACGUGAUUCGGGCGAGUUGGAUAACGUACAAACCCACAAGGAACUUGCCACUGAAGCCAGUCGUCUAGAUAUUCAAGCAAAGUCUACUCUUGUUUUGGCAGAAUUAUUGUUUACAGCUAACAUUGUUCAAGAAGCUCGCAAACAUCGUAAAUUAUUACUUCGUUUCACACACAACGAUGUCAAAGCCCAAAAGUACUUUAUUGGUGGUUUGGAACAGAUUAUUUCUCUGCACGCCGAUAAGCUUAUGGAUAAGGUUCCUGGUAUUCUGAAGUUGUUCUAUGACACUGACAUUCUCGAGGAGAAAGCUAUCCUGGAGUGGUCUCAGAAGGUGAGCAAGAAAUACGUUUCCAAAGACGUUGCUACACAAAUUCACGAGAAAGCCAAUCCAUUUGUCAAAUGGCUCCAGGAAGCGGAAGAAGAAGAAUCCUCUGAGGACGAAGAUGAUUCCGAAGUGGAGAUUGAGUAUGAUGACCGUGCCAAAACAGACUCGCUGCGCAAAGAACCGACCAAACCGGAGUUGAAGAAAACAACUAAACUAGCAGACGAAGAAGAGGAUGGUGAUGAUCUCAACAUUGAUGAUAUCUAAAUGCAUAAAAUGAUACACAAUCAAACCAGCUAAUUCCCUACUCAAAAUUGUAAUAAUUAAAAUGUUAUCGUUUACCCAUAAAUUCAACUACAAACCAAAUAAAUUACUGCAAAUACAGCAGAUGCUUAAUACUAUAGAAACCAAUCAAAAUAUGUAGAGCAAAACCACUAACGUUAAAGAAGCAUCCAGAGAAAUUUGAAUGCAGUAGUUUCGGCCUGAAAAUAGAUCCGAAUAGAACAACCCGGUCAAUUUUAAGAGUAACCAAUCGCAAUUCCACGGCCAUUUGGUAUUAUUCCGUUUUUGCAGCAUUAUUGGUUAAGACAAACCCUGCUGAGUGCUUUGAUUUAAAUAUGUAUCUUUAUUAUGAAUUUUGAAACGUCUUCGAGGGAUCAAUAUCACGAGAAAAUCUUUCACAGCAUAUUUUCAUCCUUUGUAUAAUCCAUAAAUUGUCUGAAUUUAUAUUUCUUAGUUUAUUUACUGAUGCGUAUAAAUUACAUGCGCUUAGGCGUAGACUGCUACCAAGUAACACUGGAGAAGCAUAUUCGUUUGUUUGAAAAAUGGAACGGAAAUAUUACAGAUACGAACUAUAACUAAUCAAAUUAUGUUCAUCAGAAUACACAAAUUUGAGAAACGUACAAAA